GGAGGCGGCUGGCUUGAGCCGGGCGCGGCGGACCCCGCGGCUGCCGCCAUGUCGCGCCGUGCAGAGGAUCUUGUGAGUGGGGAGAGUGAGGAGGAAAGUAAUGGUAUCAACUUGAUGGAGUUCUCGGAUGAGAUCCUUCUGCACAUCCUAAGCUACGUCCCUUGCACAGACCUGGUCCUGAACGUCAGGAAGACCUGCAGGAAGCUCUCAAUGCUUUGCCUUGAUAAGAGCCUAACCCAUACAGUUUUACUUCAGAAAGACUAUAAGGUGAACAAGGACAAAGUGAAGCAACUGAUGAGGGAUAUUGGAAAAGAGAUUCACCAGCUGAACAUGGCUGGGUGCUAUUGGCUGCCCAGCUCCACUACUGAUCACAUAACACGGUGCAAGAACCUGGUCAAGCUGAACCUGUCCGGGUGCCGUGUCACCUCUCUCCGUCUCUCCAAGAUGCUGUCCACGCUUCAGCACCUGCGCUCCCUGGCGAUUGAUGUGAACCCGGGCUUUGAUGCCAGUCAGCUCAGCAGCGAGUGCAAAGCCACCCUCAGCCGCGUGUCAGAGCUGAAGCAGACCCUCUACACUCCAUCGUACGGCGUUGUUCCUUGCUGCACCAGCCUUGAGAAACUGCUGCUUUAUUUUGAGAUCCUCGAUCGCUCGCGAGAAGGUUUUAUGCUGUCUGGGCAGCUGAUGGUGGGCGAGAGCAAUGUGCCCCACUACCAGAACCUUCGUGUCUUCUACGCCAGGCUGGCCCCUGGCUAUGUUAACCAGGAGGUGGUGAGGCUGUACUUGGCUGUGCUGAGCGAUCGGACUCCUGAGAACCUUCACGCCUUCCUUAUUUCUGCCCCUGGUAGUUUUGCUGAGACGGGAGCCACUAAAAACCUUCUGGACUCGAUGGCUCGAAAUGUACGCCUGGAUGCUUUACAGCUGCCCAAAGCCUGGCUUAAUGGUUCCGGGCUCCUGCAACACUUGAAGUUCAACAACCCUUUCUACUUCAGCUUUAGCCGAUGCACCUUAUCUGGUGGCCACCUGAUCCAGAGAGUUAUUAAUGGUGGGAAGGACCUUAAAAGCUUGACCAGUUUGAAUCUCAGUGGCUGUGUUCACUGCCUGGCUCCAGAGUCUUUGUUUCGAAGAGCAGAAGAUGACAUUGACAGUAGCAUUCUGGAAAGCCUGGUAGUCUCUUGCUGCAACCUCAGACACCUCAACCUCUCCGCAGCUCACCACCACAGCUCAGAAAGCAUAGGGAACCAUUUGUGCCAGCUCCUGUCCAGGCUAAAGCACCUACUCUCGCUAGCACUGCCAGUUUGUUCCAUCACAGAUGUUGCUGUGAACGUGGAAAAGCCCCCCACGCAGCCUAACGCGGCGCCCCAAACGUUUGGAAAGAAAACCCGUGUGGGGGUGCAGACGUAUCCAAGGAACUUAGCAGACCAGGCAUGUCAGAAGCUGGAGUCUUCAGUGUUCUGGACGCUGAUGAGAAGCCUCAGGUUUUUGGAAACCUUAGAAAUAAUUGGGUCCAGUUUUUCCUCUGCCAUGCCCCGCAAUGAGCCAGCAAUUCGGAACUCUCUGCCUCCUUGUGUCCGAGCACAAAGUGUGGGGGAUUCGGAGGUGGCUGCCAUUAGCCAGCUGACUUAUUUGCAGAGCCUCACCUUAGCACAGCUGCCAAAUAUUGUUACUGGUUCUGGGCUUGUUAGCAUUGGAUUGCAGUGCCAGCAUUUGCGGACUCUUUCGUUGUCCAACCUGGGCAUGAUGGGGAAAAUGGUGUAUAUGUCUGCUCUCAUGGACAUGCUGAAGCACUGCAAGUGUUUGAGAGAUCUCAGGCUGGAGCAGCCGUACUUCAGCGCAGGCUCCCAGUUCUUCCAGGCCCUCAGUCACUGCUCCUCUCUCCAGCGGCUCUGCAUCGUCUCCAGGAGCGGGACUCUGCAGUCUGAUGCAGUGAUGUCAUUCAUGGCCAGCUGCCUUGAGGUCAUCAUGUGCCACAUGUUUAUGGGAGAAUCUCUCACUGUCUGCAGAAAUCUCCAGCAGUCCAUUGUCCGGAGUUUCCAGGCGGACCGCCCGGCGUUAAACGUCGUCAUUUUCCCUCUGCUUCACGAGGACUUGACAGAGGUCAUCAGAGACGUCCCCAUGAGGCACUUGGAUGAGAUCACCUUGUUUAAAAGCAGAGUGGCCGAGGAGCCCCCCAACCUGUGGUGGUGACAGCACGGAGGGGACAGGCGGUGUGAAUGUGUAGGGUUGCUUCUCUUUGGCCUGGAUUCCCCUCCUGCAGCUCCCGGCCGCCUCCCCGGGUGCUGCACAAUCACUUUCAAUAGGUGCAGUUGCAAAAUAAAAAGCUGCCCAUCUGAAGUGGGGAAACGUCUCCUCGGAUGAUGCUUGCAUCUGAGCAGCCUGUCUCAAAGGCUUCUGGAACACGAUGAGUAUUUCCUUGCGGUUAAUAAUGAAUUGCUUUGUUCCUUUACUGAAGUUGAAGGUAAGAGAACCUGACUUAACGACUCUCUUUCCCCCGUGUCGCCUGGUGUAUUUCCCAAGGGCCCCCGUGUACUUUGGCAGUGUGCUUUGUGAUAUUGGUGGAAAUCAUUCUUUGCUUUGGUCUGUUUUUGGCAAAGUAGAAGCCUCGGACAGCUAAGAGGCACAGCAGUGUGUCGCUCCGUUGAGAUGCAUCCCAUCUUUCCUGUGUUACAGGCACACAUUGGUAGCCACACACGCGCAGUCACAGAUACUUCAUGAUCUGUAGAUUGAGGAGUACCACAAGGACUAGCUUUUAUUUUUUAAAUAACAAAUCGUGGUUAUGAGCACCUUGGCCGUGUGUGUCCUUGCUGAUGCUCAGUUGACGUGGUGGAAGAUGUUCUCAGCUGUUUUGGAAGUCCUUGUCCUGGGGGAGGUGGAGCCUACACUGACUGAGUUAAGGCUCAGCUCUGAUUUAAGCGCAGUCUGUCUUGCCUUUUCGAUGGGGAUGUAGUGUUCUGGCUCUGUCUUUAGGUCCCAUGCUCUGAGUUGAUGCUAAUCUUAGAGGCGUAGUGAAGCAUCUUCACAGCAUGACUUCGGUCAGCUUCUCUGCUCCAGAGAUCCUCAGGCAUCGGUAGUGGUCUGGAUCACUUUCAUAUUGCCUUAUUUACUGAGCACUUUGAAAGCAUCAGACAGCUGUACCAAAAGCUGUGUCGUGAAUUCCUGGAGCGCCGUUGCUGAGUGGCAGUCGGGUUUCCCUUUUGCUGGAGCAUCCUGUGGCAGAACAGUGGCUCUGUCUUCUGCAGAGCAGCCGUCAGCUGGAGCUGGUAAACUCUGCACCUGCUAUCUCCUAUACGUGCCCUCGUGUUGAGCAGUGCUUUAAUGGGAUGUGGCUCAGCAGCCUGGUCUGGUGGUUGGCGGCCCUGCCCACGGCAGGGGGUUUGGAACUAAAUGAUCUUUGAGGUCUUUUUCAACCCGGGCCGUUCUGCAAUUCUGUCCUAUGAGCCUACACUCAGGUAGGUGAUGGUGAGCGGCUCUGUGUCUGUGCAUUGCUCAAACCAACCCUUGCACGUGUUUGCUGUCUGCCUGAGCUUCUCUCCCUUCCCUGCUCAGGUCUGGGUCCAGCAGCAGCCGUGCUGAGGCCUCUGGAAGCAACCACAUCCUCCCCAUCCUCAGAGUGGAGCCGGGAGCCCUCCUGGAGCGCUGCAGACCGCCGCAGGUCAGGCACGGCGCUGGCACCCCGCUGUUGGCAUCCUGCUGCUGUUUGCUCUCCCUGUGAGGUUGUUCUUUCUACCUCGUGCCAUAUUGCUUGCCUGUUUGAAUCCCUCUCUCCCUCUCCAACAACUUUUUUCUCUCCUCCUCCCACGCUCUAGCAAAGCCCAAGAGCUUGUUGGCAGGAAAGCGAGCCUCUGCUCCGUCCAGUUCAAUCCACUCCAGCUCUGCCUGGUGUGUGUCCAGGUUUCUUUCCUGGAGUAAUUGAUGGGGGUCAGGCAGCGAGUUGCUGGAAGCAGUGCCAGUGCUGUGCUGCUCUCCUUCUGCCUCUCAGGCAGGGUGAAGGGAAGGCUGAGGGUACGGAGCCCACACCAACGCUUAAGGAAACCUGUCCUGUCCCAUGGAGGAAUCCCAACAGCAGGAGGAAGGCCAUUCUCAUCCCAACCAGGCAUUUUUCCUCCACCAACGCACAGCAGCACCAGCAGGAUUUGGCAGAGCUGGCAGAGUUAAUCCUUUGGUCCUGGGGGUCAGAGCAGCCCCACAAAGCAGGCCAUGCCUUCCUCUUGGCAAAGUGGAACCCACCUGCCUUGUGUUGCUGGGUCGGGGCAGGCAGUCAGGCCUGGUUUGUAACACCAUUAUUCUGUUGGCCAGAGUGUGAUGCUCAGACAUCUGUAUUCAUGCAAGCUGGUCAGAAGUCCUGAUGCAAACGCUAGCAGUUAUGAUUGGGGCUGGGAAAGGUCGCCCACAGGUAGUAAAGACAGCACUACAAAAUGGUGACAACAAGGGGAAGAUGCCUUCUGCCCACCCCGGCCAUGGUCUGGAGCUCCUAUCUCUGCCACAAAUCCUCUUAUGGUGAGUGAGAAUUUCCGCUGCUUCUGCACUGCAGGCAGGAUUCACCAGAUGUUAAUAAUGUGCUUAUUUUCUCUAAGUGCUAUUUUGGCAUCGGUGUUAAUUACAAUUUAUAUUCUGCAACAUUUACACUGGGAAAAGAACCCACCCUAAUAGUCCCCAAUUGGCAGAGCUGGGCUAUUAAGCAUCACACCAUAUGUUCUGAGCAGAGCAGUGCAUGGGACUCGGAGCCCACUCAGUGCUGAGACUCCAGCCUGCAGCGUUGGAGCAGGAGAGAAUGGAGGCAUUGGCGUUCUGUUGCUAGCUUUUAUUUAAUACAGAAUCCCUCCCCCUUCCUCUGGUCUCUGUCCCCAUCUCUCCAGAAAUAUCCCCCCGCUCCCUAUAGGCGCCCAGUGAGGUGAUCUCAGCCUGCUGAUGCUGCUGUCCGUGGGCUGGAAUGAAUGGAUUCCAUUACAGAAGGAGCACUCCUUGCAGGCACUGCCUCUCUGGGCUGCCCAGUCCCUGCUGGUGUGUUUUGUGCUGCUCCCUAAAUCUUACCCACCGUCUCCGGGGCUGUGGGAGAAACCUGUGUGCCGACCACUGAUGUGUCUGUGCACCUUUGGGAGGAGGAGAUCCUGGGGGCAAGCAAUAGUGGGGAAAGCAACAGUUGUGUGUGUUCUGUUUGUGCUUCCUUUGGGCAGCGUGCAGGGCUGGGAGGUCCCCUUCCUGGGAGGAGAGCGCAGGUCUGGGCUGCUGAUGCAAGCUGCUGGAUAGCAGAGCAGAAGCUCUGCUUGCAUUAAUCCCCAGGGCUGUCUCUGCAGCAGGGUCUGUCCUCUCACCUCUUUGGUGGCUCUUUGGGACUCGGGGCAGGGAGCCCCAAGCCCUGGCUGGGCGCUGCAGGAUGAAGCACCAUCCACGUGGCUCUGUGGCUCCGCAGGGAUGCACAGGCAGCCGGGCGUGCUGGCAGGAGAACCAUUUCCAUAGAAACCAGUUGGGAUGCUGUACAGGGAAUAGUGAUGAGCAGUGAAGGGACGUUGCCUUGGACGCAGCCCCCAGACUCACGGAUACUUCUAGGGGGCUUCCCCCCCUCCCUCCCACCUCCUCUCCUCAGCUUUCAUCACGUUUUCAAAAUGGCCAACCUGGUUAGGAAUAACCAUCAUCGUAAAAAAGGAUGGAUGGGGUCUGACUACGAACACUGUUGCUGUUAGCAGCAGGAUGUCGGCCAUAAAACACGAAGCAAGGGAGGCAUUGACCUUUCUGCUGUUUGAAAUGAAUGGAGACAUCAAUAUCCAUUGUUUCGUGGCAUUGACCUCUGCUGCGCUCCGUUCUCCCUCCCCUUUACUUAUUUAUUAUUUUUAGCUUUCCCCCCUGCUCUGCAGGGUCGCCUGGUUCCAUCUACAGCUUCUGCUCUCGCUCAGCGACAGGGGACCAGCGUUGUGCAGAGGCUCCCUGCGCUGUGCUGGUGCUGUGGGUGCGUGCUGAGCCCCACUCCUGCAGUGCAUUCCCCCCUUCCCCGUGCCAAGUCAGAGCUCCGAGCUCUGGAGGAAGGCAGAUCAAUGCACGUUUAAUUACGGCGGGGUUCUUAUUUCGGUUUUUAAGCAGUGAAGUGUAACGCUUUAUGUGAGCACCAUCGGAGCCUGGUUGCCCGGUUCCUUGUUUUAUUUAUUGCUUUAAAGGAGCCCCUUCUUUUGUGGACUUCGUCUCCGCGCGGCGAACGUGAAAUCAGGCAUUGCUAAUGAGCUGCGUGACAAUUAAGUAAUGUAGCACAAAACCAUUAGGACGCUGGAUUUGGUUUUGAAGUUGGUCCUUUGAAGCGGAGCUGCAGCUCCCUGCCCAAGGCUGCUGGGGAAAAUGUUGCUCUUUCAAAACUUUCUUUGAAAAUAAAAUGUCAGCAUAAGAGUCCCUGCUUGUGUCGCCCCUCGCUAUGAGCAGCGGGGGGGAAAUGGGCGCUCGCUGUGCUGGCAGGCGUGGGAAGGGAGUUGGGAGAGCAGGAAACGGGUGCUUGGUGUGCAGAGCUGCCACCAAAGCUGCUGGUUGGGGAACAGAGGCGCCCUGGGAGGGAAGGAGCUGACCCACAGCUGGGGGGGGGGGCAGGGGGAGGUUGGGCUGUGGCGCUGCCAGGCUCCUGGGCUCGGACCUCUCCAUCCGCGCGCUCAUCUGAUGCUUGUGUUUGCACCCAGCCCCGUGUUCUCGGGGUGAGUCUAAUUCUGAAUGUGCAGCUUUCCUGUACGCAGCGGCAUGUAAAACUUCUAAUAAAGAGUGAAUCUGCUCUGAA